AUAGAGGAGUGAUCUCAGAUAGCCAGAGUAGGACUACAUGUCUAGUCAUAGACAAGUCUAUCUCUGACUAUAUAAAGAGAGACCAGUGAGAAAAUAAUAAUAUAAAUAUUCUGAGUUUCUUUACUAAAUUCUACAUUCUUUAUACAGUUUCAGUUUAGCAAAAUAAAAUGGUGAAUGAAUGUUUCCUGAGUACUCACUGAGUGACAAUACUCAGAAAUUGUUAGUAGUACCAAUAUGAGUACUCAUGGACGAAUUAUGAGUAAAGUCGUACUCAUCGGAUGAGUACUUUCACUAGGGUGAAAUAUGAAUAGCAACGAAUAUCUCAUUCUAUUGUUCACUAUGAAAUGCUACGUGAAUUAGUAAAUUUCAAAUCAAAUUUAAGCAACAAAUACUGAGUUUUUAGUUUUUUUUUUAUCGACAGUAUUGCGUUAUAAGUUUAAAAGGUGCGUUCAUGCUUUGAUUUCAUUCUAAAAAUCAAAGACGACAUCGUAGAACCUCUAUCGAAUCUGUUUUGUUCUUACGCAUACUUGUAAAUACUUGAUGUUGUGAAAGAAGUAGCAUUCUAAUUUGUUGAGCAAAAUGUGCAUUCAUAGGCUGCAUUCCACGCAGGUUUUGAUGCCCUAUAAAGUGACUCAUAAGUAGCUCUUGCUUAACGCUUUAAUUUGCACAUAAACUCAAAAUAAUCGCAAAAGCGUAAUAUUGAGAAUUGUGAGGUCGCAUUAGACCUCAAUUCACCUUACUUUGUAGAGCAUCAAAAAACCUGCAUCGAAUGAGAACUAUGAAUGCACAUUUUACUCAACAAAUUACAACUCUGUUACUUUCACAGCACCAGGUACUCAUAAGUACUCGUACCUACUGUGUUUUUUAGAAAGAAAUAUCUUUUUCCAUUAAGUUAACGAAUUUUUGACAAUAUAAACAACUGGUAUGAUUAUGAGGUACAGUAACAAGUAAAAGUAUGCUGACAGUUACUAUUCUGCUUUUUUAAAGCAAACUGCUAGUAACUGCUGAUUCAAGGAGGAUGAACGCUUUAUUUUUUACUAAAACGUGUCAAUCAUACUUUUCCAUCUUCAGAAUGAACUUAAAGUGUUAACUGUCAGUAGUCACUGAAAUACUUUUUUACUUGACUUUUUUUUGAAAUACUUUAAAUUUUUUCUGAAGAAAUUCAUAACUCAAUCUAUAGGAACAUUAUUUUAAUUCAGAAAUUUUAGGAAACAUUUCACUAUAUAUGUAAAUUAUUUUCUCAAAGUUUAAAAGUUAUCUACUGUAUGAUUUCGAAAAUGCAUUGAGAAUAAGCAGACACAAAUUCAAUAUACAUUGAAAGACAAGCUUGAAGAUUUAUGUAUCGUCCCUUCUAUCAUAAAAUCUGCCUUCACUGUACAUUGUCGAAUUAUGCUAAAAUGGAAUGGCUAUAUUUUCUGUAAGAAACGAUGGCAGCGCUUUAAUUUAUUAUAGUUUGAAAAUUUAAAAUAUACUUUUAGCUGCUACUGUAACAUAACUGCCUAUCGAAAUUAAACUCUUGACAUUGAUCAGUUGAAUUCAUCAUUUUUUCUAUAAGAUACGUUGUCUUUUAUUUUAUUUUUUAGUUUUUAAUUGAACCAAUAGAAACAGAUGGUUAAAUCAGCAGCUCUAUUUAUUACUUUUUUAACAUUAUGUUUAUUAGUUAAUAUUGAAUGUUUUGUGAUACCCAAUUUAGUUCAAAUGGAAGAAGAACAGGAGCCAACUGUAUACAUACCAUAUUCUAACUUAAACUUUGAUAGAAGAACACUUUACCACAAUUUAUUUCGUUUCGAUUUGCCCAGAGAUAAACGAUUUGGAAAUACAAGAUAUGGAAGAGAUUUGGAUAUUCAUUAUCCUGUAAUUAAUGAUAGAAAUUUACAACAAUUUAAACUGGUACAACCAGUACCAAUUUAUUAG